UAUAUAUAUAUAUAUAUAUAUAUAUAUAUAUAUAUAUAUAUAUUCUGUUUAUUUUCUCGCGCCUCGUUGCACGCUCGUUUUUUUUAUCGCUCGCUCUCUGCGUCGAAAGUCCGAACAACCACGGAGAAACGAAGGAUUGAGAAAGUGUCGAAACAAGAAUCGAACAAGAAUACCGACCACGACGCGAACCUUAGCACCAUUGGAGCUGGUACCUGGCCACAGAUCAAUCCCUUUUACCAGAUUAUUCUUCCGUCCAACUCGAGUCGCUCGUUUUAUUCCCCCCCCCUGCGCUGCGCCCACGAUAAACCCGUUCACCGCCGAUUCGGAGCUCGAAGCCCUCAUCCACCCCAGUCUGCCACAUCGCGCUCUUCGGAAGAGACGUAGGGCCCGUCGUCGUUCUCUGGCGGUCCACACGUCGCAUCCAUAAGAAACGAGAAAUCGAAUACCCGAGAUGGACCAACCAAUGCAGGACGCACCAGCCGACGUCCUGGUCGAGGCCAGGCGGACCCUAGAAGCCUUGAAGAGCUCAGGACUGUCGCGCGAAGUGUUGCUCGAGAUGUGGGAGGCCGGAGACCGCGCCUCGUCGCAAUCGUCGCCCGAUUCCGUCUUGGAAGAUUCCUCUAACCGAGGUGCGUCGUCGAGUCUGUCGCCUACGUCAGCUACCAUGUCAUCCUUGCCCCAGGGAAUAUGCCACACUCAGCUCGGUCACCGGCCACGCAUCUCCGUCUCGUCUACCAGCUCGGGCUCGUCGGGCCAUGCCAGCAUCUGGUCCAUGGGUUCAAUGCACUCGACUGCCUCCGUCGCCACACAGUACUCGCAGGCCCCUCUGCCCUCGCCGCCGUCGCAAGUACCUCAUCAUCAUAUGCCGGCGCAACCUCCCGGGUGGGGUCCCGGGAGGUUCAAUUUCUACUGGUGCACGUCCUGCGAGACGAGGUUCAAGCGCAAAUACGACUGGAAGCGCCACGAGGAGGAAUUCCACGAAAGGUGGAAGAAGUACCCGUGCCCCGAGCCUGGCUGCAAUCGGAGCUUCUGGGGCGCCAACACGUUCAACCAGCAUCAUAAGUCGUCCCACGGAUGCAAGACAUGCCCGCACUCCGAGAAGGUGGUCAGAUUUCUCAAGAGAAGAAAAUACUGGGCCUGCGGCUUUUGCUCGGCUUUGCACCCCUCGCGCGAACGCCACGUUGAACAUGUCGCUCGGCACUUCGAAUCCGGGAAGACCAAAUCGGACUGGAUGCACUCUAGAGUCAUCUACGGCCUGUUGCACCAGCCCCUCAUCCACGAGGCUUGGAAGGACCUGUUAGGAAGCAAGGCGUCCGAGUUUGCCGGACGUCAGCCCAAUUUCAGCUGGAAUCCCACAGAAACCGGACGCGCCCAGGGCUUCAUGGAAAACGAAUGCCCCGGUCAACUACAAGACCUCCUCGAGUUCUUCUCCGGCUCCAACACCGACGCCGAGUCGAUCGUAGGGCUCGCUUACGAGCUAGCUGACCUCGUCUUUCUGAACGUCCCGGCGUCGCCGCCAAUGGAUUACGCACAAUGCUACCCACCCGGGGCAUCGAACGGAAUGAUGCCGACUGCUCCUCCGCAGCAGCAGCAGCAGCAGCAACAGCAACAGCAACAACAACAGCAACAACAACAACAACAACAACGACCACCGCCGCCGCAACAGCAACCUCAGCCCCAAGGCUAUGCAGCCCCGCAUCUCCUCCCCGCCCCUGCCAUUCAUUCACAAUCUCUCUCUCCUCAACAGCAGUCUGCUCCAAAGCCCAUUCCGCGGUCCUCGCUCGACCGCGAACUCCCCCCACCUCCGCCGGAGGAGACCCCUAUGAACUUCAACUAUAUGCCCAACAACGGUGUCCUUUUCGAAGAUUGGCAGAGCUUCGGAAGCACGGUAGUCGACGAGCAGGGCCCUUCACCAACACCCGUUUCAGCAGAGUGGCCCGCCGUACACAUGCAGUACUAUCACCCUGCGCCGACCGGGCAGUGA